GUACAUUCAUUUAGACGCUCACAAGUAGCGAGACACCAUCACAGUCGAGGGUCUCUAUUUGUUGGAAUACUUAAAAAAUGGAAUUUACGGAGAUGGACUCGACAUUAACUUAUUGAAGGAAAAUUGUAUAGGCUAAAAAUAGGCUAUAACAUUAUACUUGAUCAAUUAUUCCGCUUACUUCUUAAUAUAUAUAUGCUUUUUUUUUACAAUCUAGUGCUGAUUUUCAAUUAAGACUUGGCAGAGUGAUGAAGUGUUUUGUAGCCUGUUGUCUAGCGACGCAUCUAAAGUGCACCUGCCCAUCGAUCAUGACCAAAACAAUUUAUUUUGAGCUGACCAACAAAAAGUAUCACACAUAUAGGUUAUCAUCUGUCAUCUUACUAUGACAAUUGUCAACAAUAUUGGAUAAAGUCUCAGUGGCUGCAGCUAAUGAACGCAAUACCUACAGUUUAUCCAGGAACUGCACAAUCACAAUAAUUAAAGGAAAACGAGCAUAUAGGCCUAAAUACAAAAAGUAAGCACAGACUGCAGAUCUGUUUAGACUGUGCGGAUGGUGCGCUUGCUGUCUUCCACGGGACUGUCACAAAUUGUUACAUUGGCAGCAGGCCCCUUGAGCAACAAUAGGCUCCGUUGAGGUAGACCUACUGCGCAUGACAGUCUGCUGGACAGUUCCAGAGAGGGAAAUUUAAAAACGGUUUUAGGGAAACAAGUGCAGCACAGUGAGAAUACAGUAGGCUACACGGGGCUCAUCGCCAGCUCAAAUUUGCUGCAGAUUAUUCUAAACAGCAUUAUCAAACAUCCCAGGAAAUGAUAGAAAGUAGAAUUACCACCAGCAUGUCAGGAACUCUCGAAAAUCCAGGUCAUCAUCCCUCUCCACAAGACUACAGACUUCUGACCACAGACCCCUCCCAGCUCCGAGAGGAGGAUCUCCCCGGGGACCUGCAGUCUUUGUCGUGGCUCACCUCUGUAGACGUUCCCCGGCUGCAGCAGAUGGCCGAUGGUCGCAGUGGUGGCGGAGGAGACUUCAACGGGCCUUCCCAGGGGCAGGGGGGCAGCCUGCUGGAGCAGCAGACAGCUCAGCUGAACAACAUAACCACGGCAGGGGGACAGGGAGCCAUGAUCCACCUACAGAGCAACAUGCAACACAGCCCCCUGGGAAUUAACGUCAUCACCGCCCAAAGCGGAAGUAUGUCUCCGUUCUCCAUGAAUGGGCAGCCCUCCCCAGGGCACCGAUGCCCUGCCUCUGUCUACCAACCUACACCCCAACAAGUGUUCACUCUGACUCAGACUAGCCAGCAGUGUACUCCUGCUGGGCUCUAUGGCAAUGUCUCGUUCAACAACCAAAGCCUGUUCACACAGCCGCGCCUGGCUCCACAAAAUCAGGACCUGCAGCCCAAGACUUUCCCCAAGCCCAUCUACUCCUACAGCUGUUUGAUCUCUAUGGCUCUGAAGAACAGCAAGACAGGCAGUCUCCCAGUCAGCGAGAUCUACACCUUUAUGAAGGAACAUUUUCCCUACUUUAAGACAGCACCAGACGGAUGGAAGAACUCAGUCCGACACAACCUGUCACUAAACAAGUGCUUUGAGAAGGUGGAGAACAAGACGAGUGGGUCGUCUCGUAAGGGCUGCCUCUGGGCCCUGAACCCGGUCAAGAUCGACAAGAUGGAGGAGGAGAUGCAGAAGUGGAAGCGUAAGGACCUCCCAGCCAUCCGCCGCAGCAUGGCCAACCCAGAUGAGUUGGAUAGGUUGAUUACGGACCGGCCAGAGAGCUGCAGACGGAAGCCCAUGGACCCCGGGAUGACCCGUCUGCCCAGCUGUCCGUCUGGCCUAUCCCUGCCUAUCCCAGGCCAGAUGCAACCCCAGCCCAUGGUCACCCUGUCCCUGCAGUACCUGCCCAUGCACCAGCACCACCAGCUCCAUGCCCAGGCCAGGCUGGCCCCGGUGUCCCCCCCCCCUGCCCAAACGCCCCCCCUCCACACCGUUCCUGACCUCUCCAACAGCCUCCUCGCUACCCAGCAUCCCGGCAAGCAGCCGCACGACUUCUACAGUCUCCAUGGUGAGGUCAACGCAGAGGUGGACACGCUGGACCCCAGCAUCAUGGACUUCGCUCUACAAGGUAACCUGUGGGAGAUGAAAGAUGACAGUUUUAAUCUGGAGGCAUUGGGCACCUUCAGUAACUCUCCCCUGCGUUUGUCUGACUGUGACAUUGGCACCAUGACGGGCAGCCUCCCUCCAGUCUACAGCGGGGGCAGCAUGCCCUUCUCAGACCUACAGGUGACGGGCAUGUACACCUCCUACGCCGCCCUGGACACCCUCUCUUCCCAGUACAUGGGUACGCCAGGCAACAGCAAGCCCAUCACUGCCCUGCUUUAAUGAAAACAUCCCCCGCACCACAGAGUGGAACCACACGGAGAGAGCUGCAACAAGGCAUCACCAACAAUACAAAAACUAUUUUUUUUUGCUGUGGCUCUACUUGUCAAUCCCACUCCUGGCACCAAAAAGCCCCCACAUCUUCCACUGAAAAGCCUGAAUCCUCAUCGCUUUUCUCUUUCUCCAAUGACAGAGCAACUUGUGUUGCCAUGCCUAAGCCACUAUUUCAGAUGAGAGAAAGACAUCUGCUUGGAGGGUGAUUUGAUCAAAGUCAUUGCUUUUACAUGUGUGGUUUUACAAUAGGAGUAACCAAUGAGGAAAACUGAAAUUUGGGAGGAAAUUGACUAAAAGAUAUUGAUGUCUCUGGGGUAACUUUGCCAAGCAAAGACUCUAGAGCUGUCCUACACUGUUGUACACAAACCUAGCAGGCAACAGGUAUCAUCUCUGCCAGUUUUGUACAAUAUUGACUUUCCUGUGUUAGUAAGCCUUACCA